AUGGAUUACCGUAAGCGAGCCAACAAGUUUACUAGACUUUGCAAGCAACAUCGAACUGCUAAACGGCAAGCGAAGACUUCCAAAAGCCCGCAAAUUACCAGACUUGCCGAAACGAGCGAUAGCAUACCUGUUACGGCUCAACGAUCGAAUAAACAGAGUAAUACAGAACUUCUAAGCUCCGUUAAUAAGCUAACGCAAUGUGUUGAUGACUAUCGAAAAUCCAACAUGGCUCUUCAGAAUGAGAUAAAUACCUUGAAACGAAAAUAUAGUGACAUGGAAUCGAAUUUGCGGACACUUGAAUUCAAACAACACAAAACUUGGCCCUAUUUCAUGAAAUUACCAAAGGAGAUUAGAAUAAUAAUCUAUCAAACCGCAGCCACCAUCCCCCAAACCCACAUCAUCACCGCAAAAACCAUAUCUCGAUCAAAAGUCCUCAACAUCGCCUACGUCUGCAAAGAAUCACUCCAUGCCCUUGACUCGUUAAAAUUCGACUACUUCCUCUUCCACUCAACUCAGCACCGACCGGCUCCGCCACUUGUAUACUGCAACACGAAUCUCGAGCGCGAGGAGACGCUGUGGGCUAUUGGUAAUUACGAAAAUCUUGCACCAGAACCCGAGAAUUCAGACAUCGACGGUCUUGAAAUUCUCAAAAUCGGCACCACCAGACCACCACCUCCCGAAGACCACUCACCCCGCUGUAUCCCUUUCGACCCUCCACCCCGCGCCUGGAACCCCUUCAACAAAGACACAGACACCUUUUACUUCCCCUCCGACCCUCUUCGCACCCUUCCCCAAUCCACAAACUGGCUCUGCGGCAAAUGCUCCCCCCACAAAGGGUUUUCCACCACUUCAUCUCGACUUGUCACAGCUCCUUGCUCAGACUGCCUUACAAACAGCUGCCUCACCUCAGGACCGGCGAAAUUGCAUAGUAUAGCGCUCAAAUUGACGGACUUUGUAUCCCCGAAUGAAGACGAGGCGUUCGGCAGUUUUGAGAUGUUGAUUAUGCAUCAAGUCGAUGAAUUGCUGCUCGUUGUUGAUGAAGUGAGGGUUUGUGCGCAGGAACAUGCUGUUGUUUUUGGUGAGCCGAUGGGAGAUCCGAGUAUGGUGCUUGAGGGGAUGGUGCCAUCUAUAGAAGCUGUUCAGUUAGUGCGAGAGCUCAAGAAGGGGUUGUAUGAGAAAGGUUCGGGGGACUGGGACAUCGUGACAAGGAAGAUGCAACAACUUUUGGAGGAAGUGAAGAUGAGAAAUCUCAGGGAAAAACAGUUGAGAAAAAUCCUCCCCUCCCUCUUCACCUCCGCAAACAACGGUCCCUUUCUCGACCUCUCCACCUGGAACCCGCCCACAGUCCGUUUCGUAACCGCCUACAAGAAGCAGAAUGAAUGGAUUCAACGACCAUCUUCCCCCCCAACUACACCGCCCCCCGCUCAAGAAACAAGGCAUCCACGACCAAACCCCUUUGUGCAUUACUGGCAUAUUACGAUUGAAGAACGGGAUGGGUUUGGGAAUCCCUUUAGACGGUAG